UUUCAUUAUUUCCCGGAUUUAUUCCUUCCCCGGAGUCGUGACCUCAAAAGGUUCCAGCUUUCAACCAGCAUCCAUAUGUCAGGAGAAUUUUUGCAUACAUUUCAAUGAAAUUUCCCGGGCACUAGCGUUGGGUUUUCUUGAGUGAAAAUGUAUUUAUGUGGAUUACGUAGCAAGGCAGGAAGCCUGUAGGAAUUUGAUUUGAUGGUAAAUGGAAAAGAAACAGCAUAUUGCAAUAUUCACUACUGCAAGCAUUCCAUGGUUAACUGGAACUGCAGUCAACCCUUUAUUUCGUGCUGCCUAUCUUGCGCAAGAUGGAGAGAGGAAUGUCACUUUGGUAGUUCCUUGGGUGCCUGUAAAAGACCAGCAACACUUGUUCCCCAAUAAUAUCACCUUUAAUACACCUUCUGAGCAAGAACAAUAUGUUCUUCGAUGGGUUGAAGAGAGGACUGGGCUCAAAUCAAAUCUUUGUGUCCGUUUUUAUCCAGGAAAGUUCUCCCUAGAGAAAAGGAGCAUUCUUGCCUUGGGGGAUAUAACGAUUGUAAUCCCAGAUGAGGAAGCUGAUAUUGCCGUGCUAGAGGAGCCGGAGCAUCUCACUUGGUACCAUCAUGGAAGGAGAUGGAAAUCAAAAUUUGGGCUGGUAGUGGGAAUUGUUCACACCAAUUAUCCAGAAUAUGUUAAGAGAGAGCGGAACGGGUUGGAAGCUUUGAUCGUGAAAUACAUAAAUACUUGGGUUGUUAACAUAUAUUGUCACCGGGUCAUUAGGUUGUCUGCUGCAACACAGGAUCUUCCAAGAUCAGUCAUAUGCAACGUCCAUGGAGUGAACCCGAAAUUUCUUGAAAUUGGCAAGAAAAAAAAUGAAGAGCAAGUAAAUGGAAACCAAGCCUUCACCAAAGGUGCAUACUACAUUGGGAAGAUGCUGUGGAGCAAAGGAUACAAGGAGCUACUUAAACUUCUACGCAACCAUCAAAAGGAACUGUCAGGACUUGAAAUUGAUUUAUAUGGUAGUGGUGAGGAUUCUGCUCAAAUUCAGGAAACUGCUAACAAAUUGGAAUUAACAAUUAGGGUUCAUCCUGGACGCGAUCAUGCUGAUCUGAUUUUCCAUGACUACAAAGUCCUUCUGAACCCGAGCACGACAGAUGUGGUCUGUACGACCACAGCCGAAGCUUUAGCAAUGGGCAAAAUAGUAAUAUGCGCAAAUCACCCUUCAAAUGAAUUCUUCAAGCAGUUCCCUAAUUGCCGCACGUACAAUGACGGGGCUGGUUUCGUUGACUCCACUCUCCGGGCAUUGACUGAGCAACCUGCCCCACUGACCAAUGACCAAAGGCACGAGUUAUCAUGGGAAUCAGCAACAGGCCGGUUUCUGAAAGCAGCUGAUCUGGAUAACUUGCCCUCUAAGAAGAAACUAGCCACGAAGAAGAGCUCAAAGCUUUCUAUCUCCGAGUCCAUGAAUCUCAAAGAGAAUCUUGAAGAUGCAUCAGCAUUUGUACAUUAUGUAGGAACUGGGUUCCUAAACUCGCAACCAAAUGAGGAACAAUGUAAAGAGCUAGGCCUUGCUGUGCCUACUCCCAAGAAGAAGGGGCUUUCUUCUGGUAAAGAGAGUUAUUCUGAAGUUUGUGAAUAGGGGUAAAGUUAGUGUUGUGACUUGUGACUAAUUCUCCCCAUUUUAAGGUGAAAGUUAUACGGUCAAUGUGUUAUUAUCAUUUUCGCAUCUUUUGUAAAUUAUCAUUGUUUUUUAUUGGACUGUUUACGGACCUUGAGUCCUACUCAACAUAUAUAGUGGAUUCUUAACAUGUGAAAUAGUGACUAGGCAAAGGAGAGACAAAACCUUUACUUC